GGUCGUCCUGGUGGUCUGCAGCACUCCAAGUCUGGCAGUAACCUACGACAGACCACCAACGGCGACGUCCGACCUCCCAGUGGCUCUCCUCCCAGGGUGCACUUCAGUGAUGACAAGGAGAACGACCCCGAACUCAAGUGUGUGGCUAUGUGUCGCCCUCCCUCGCUAGCAGUGGGACUACUGAGCCAGCAGCCAGGUAUUAAGAGAUCCAAGUCACUGGGAUCAGCAGACCUGAGAGCUUCACAGUUUCUCGAGGCCUCCACCACCACUACCACCAUGCCCGACCUGGGACCCUUCUCGCCCGACGUCCAAAACUCCAUUUCGAAAGCCAUGACGGACCCCAACAGUGUGAGUGCUCGCCAACUGAUGGAGGUGGUGAGGCAUGUAUUCACCAGGGUGGUGGAGGCCUCGCGUCAUGCUGAACCAGCAGCUAGGCUUUGUAUCGCUAUUAUUGAGAAGGAGAAGAACGAGACAUUCCUGGAGACGCUACUGAACACCUGCCAGGAAUACUUCCAGGAGCGAGAUCGUCUCCUAAGAAACAACCCACCAGCACCCUACCCAGGUUUCGUUCCCGCUCACCCGCGCUGGAUCGCCUACAUGACCUUCCUUAAUGAGAUGUACACACAGCUCAAGCGACGGCACGUACAGCUGAUGACGAAGAGGAUGAGGAACAGUGAGACUGCACCCGGCCUGCUGCUGCUCACCUUGCUAGCUCAGUGCUGCCAAGUCUGCCUCAAGGAGAAUGCUGUCAACAGCCUUGCAGAGACUGAGUGCCUUUUCUUCGUGUUAACGGGUCUCGGGAAGGAUAUUGAGGUGGAGCUGCCACACCAGAUGGCCAGAGUGAUGAGUGCCGCUCGUGAUGCCUUCCUCACCACCGUCAGAGUGCCAGCCGUGCGCAAGACCCUCCUCCAGCUAAUUGAGAUGCACGCUGCAAGGUGGCAGCUUCCAGCCCCUGCAGUCAUGUAUUACUACCCGGGCUCAGGCAACAAAUAAGCGUGUCUGAGGUGCAGGUUCCAGAUAAAUUAAGUACCCCAGUCUGGUGCCAAAUUUCUGGCUGUUAAAUUCGUAUUGCCAUAUCAGUCAUGAGGUAAAUUUAUGUUUAUAAGUCUGCUGGCAGUAAAAGGGUGUAUGUAU